AUGUGGGUCAGUUUGGUAGUCGCCUUUGCUUGCUUGUCUGUGUAUGAAACUCAGGCCUACAGGUUCGGUCUUCUUGGAGGAUACUCACAGCCUGAAUGUCCGACUGAUGAACAACAAAAAAUGUUCUCUUCGAUGAUUCAGCAAAGUGGUCAGGAAAACGGACUAUCCGAAUUGGAUGGGAGUUCGACAGUGGACGUUUUACAGGUAGAGAUGCAGAUUGUUCAAGGGACAAAUUACCGCGGACUGGUUCGUGUGAAUGACAACGACUGUUACACUGUGGUAAUUCACGAAGAUCUCCCUAAUCAGUACGGAAGCGAUGGCCCUUAUUCCAUCCUUGGUGUCAACGACGCUGAAUGCAGUCCAGAGAUUGACUGCUGA